AUGGGUGUAAGUAAAAAUGAAAAGCAAUCAAGUGGUGUUUGGACGCCUCAGCGCAUGAGUUGUUACAUGGGCAGCGGAUGCAGUUACAUAUCAGAAGAAGAUAGCUGCAGUAAUAAUAAGAAAAGAUCCUGUCAUCACCAUCGAACUGGUCCAGAUACAAAUCCUACGUGCUCCUCAUAUUAUUCAAUGUGUCCUAGUGUUGGUAGUCGAAAACCUCCUCUGAUCAAAGUUCUGGGUAAUUUGAAAGAGGCUGCAUCUUUUGAAAAGUCAUGCACUGUAAAAUUAAACGAUCUUUUGAACACCGAGGAACAGUUGAAUAAGGCGCUCCAAAAUUUGGAACAACGAGAGAAGGAAGGUAUGAAGUUGCUAAAACAGGCGGAUUCCAUAUGGCUGUCCAUGGAAGAAGCCUACAAGAAAAAAGUAUCCGAAUCAUUAGAGCGCCAAAAGCUUUUGCGGAAACAGUUAAGAGAAAUAGAAAUAAGUACAACAAAAUGGCGAAAGAAUUUGAAGGAUCUAGAAUCACAACUUAAUGAUGUCAACAAAUGCCAAGAAGAAAUGAAGGGAAAGAUAGCCCAAAAAUCUAACGAUAUAAAAUGUAUCGACAUGGAAAUAGCAGAUUUACAAAAACGAUUAGAUAAUAACAAAAAUGAAGUUGAAGCAACUAAGAAAACAAUUGUUAUGAAUAAAGAAGCAUCAAAUAAAAAAGUGGCAAAUUUAGCUGAAGAAGCAAAAAGACUAGAAAAAGUUGUUGCAGAAGAAAAGAAGAUCAAAAGAGAUAAGGAACUUGAAGGAACAAAGCUUAUCAAAGAGGCAAGAGAAGAUGUUAAGGUUAUUUCCGAAGUGUUAUUAAAGAAGAAAUUAGAAAAUGAUGACUUGAGAGCAGAGAAAGCAACUUUGCUAUCAGAAAUCGAGUUUCUGGAGCAAGCUCGUGAUCUAUGCAAGGAUAAAUGUAACCUAAAACAGAGCACAUUAGAAAAUGAAAUAAAAAAAAUUGAUGCGGAAAUUGCUGAGUGUAAAAUAAAAUGUAUAAAAUGUAAUGAGUGUACUGACACUUCUGAAAUACAAAAAUUUUGUACCGAUUGCCCUCGAUGCUUAGAAGGAAGGCGUUGCAUAGUUGAAAAUGAUCAUUGUAGUAUGGAUCAUACAAUGGAUUGUGUCUGCAUGACCGUGAAAAGAAAGUUCUUGGAUAAUGUAUUCGAAAAUAUGUAUAAUGUACUAGUCAGACAAGUUAAAGAAGGUGCCGGUAAGGUGGUUGCUGAAAAGGUUUUUAAUUGCUUAAAAAGAAGCAGAAACGGGAAACUUGAUGGCAGAACUAGGAAAAUUCUUCAGGAAUUUAUAUUAACUAGUGUUAAAAGGCAUCUGAACUUGACAAUUGUUGGCGGUGCUGUUAAAACUAGAUGUGAGGCACCAUGUUCCCGUUGGGGAGGCACCAACGAGUGUAAUUGCCCCAAAGGUCCAAAAGGUUGUAUAUGUAUGAAAAAAGCCCCGCCACCCAUACAUGACCCAACGCCGUGCCCACAGGAAGAUGAGAACAAGGAAGACGAGGACGAUGUAAAAUUCUGUCCUCUGGAUUGCGGAAUGCAUGGCAUGAAAACAUCACCUAUUAAUGAAGAAUUCCCUAAGUGGAGAGCUGACCCGUGUCGAGAUCCGUCGUGCAAGUAUUCAAAAAAUAUGAGAACUGCGCGAUGUGUAGUUGAUCCAGAUUGUUCUGCUUCAAUUCCAACUAAGGAUUAUGGGUUGGGUGUAGUGAACAAGAACAUUUGUGAUUGUGUAAACAUUCCUAAGGAUCAUACAACUCAUAGACCUGAUAACGGUGCUAGGAGUCAUCCUCGCGAGCUUCUUAUAGAUGAAGUGAUGGGAAAUAACGAUGAUGUAACAAUUGAGAGAAUAAGUUCUAUCAUAAGCUCUGACUCAUCCACAACAAUGGCAUGA